AUGGCGGAUCGCAUCGAGCCCGUGGACGACCCCGUUGAAGGGAAUCACCCAGACGCACAACCAACCGAAUCGAUCUCGGUCAGACCGCCGUUGACGACUCUGCGCCCUCGGGCGCCCUCUUCGUCAGGGCGAGCGCGCCGGCCUAGUAUUCGACUGUCGCGUCUCUCCUCCGUCUCCUCGUUCGAAAAUGAAGCGCAAUCCCAACAAGCGCAGCCGGAAACUCAGCCGGGGCCAUCGGUCAGCAGAUAUCCUUUCCCGGAGGUGACUUCACCCGUGGCCGAAGAGGAUGAAUCGGCGCACACGGGGCGACGGCGCAGUAGCUCUGAGCCGCGACCUGGACGAUGGUCGUCCCCUCCCCCCGACGUUCUAUCGCGGGUGGCGACACCCGGACGCAUGAUGCCUCUGAAGGAAGAAUCUUCCCGCCAAAGCCCCAUGUCUCCUCGUCCUGGUGCAAGCGAGAAUCAAGGUGCUGCACCGGAUGCUGCCUCCGAAUUGGCUGUUCCUCCACCCGUCACACAGCCGGGAAGGUUGCGGCGGACGAGCCAGGCGGCGUUAAACCGGUUCUCUCGCAACCGCGCAUCGACGGUUACCGGUGCCCCGCCGACCCUCAAGAACACAGAAGAUGACGAAAAUCGUCCGAACGAAUACGGCUCUCAUGUGGUGGAUGUACUGGACGUCAUUGACCCGGAGGUUUCGGCACUUUCAACCCUCACAAAUGUUCAGAACUCGCUGUUCGUCCCCAAUUUGGGUGGCUUCGUCAAUCGUAUGCCCACCUACACCAUCACUCGCCCGCCACCUUCGGAUGAAGAACAAGCGACUUCCACGGAUGAGGACCAGUCGGAGAGUGAUAAGCUCAAGGAACGGCCCACCUUGGAGCAGCUUCGUCCAUUCACUAGCAUGUCAUCGGUGUUGGUCGGCCCUCGCUAUGCCGUUUUGCCCGAGGGACAUGAGUUGGAAGGUUGGACUCGAGAAGAUUUCAUGGAGCUGAAUGAUCACGUUCGGCACAUGCUCCACUCUCGUCGCUCCAAGUUCAAGAGAGCGAUGAAAGGGUUUGGACAAUAUGUCUCCAAACCUCUCGGUUUCCUAAUUACUCUCUAUGCAACUCUAAUCACCUUGUUCGGUCUGGCUUGGGUUCUCUUCUUGAUCGGUUGGAUUAAUGUCGGCGGUAAACAAUUGCAAGUCAUCAACAUCAUCGACAACAUCCUAGUAGGCUUAUUCGCCAUUAUGGGUGAUGGAUUAGCUCCUUUCCGGGCUGUGGACACCUACCACAUGAUUUUCAUUGCACACUACACGCAUCUGACCUGGAAGAUCCGUCGUAAGCGGCAACUUCCUAAACUGAAGGACAAAAACGACCUUCCAUCGCAACGGGAGAAAGAUAUCGAUGUCGAGUUUGGCGACACCUCUAAGGAAGAUGAGCAUGAAUUUUCGGUCCUUGACCCUCGACAGCAACUUCGCCUGAUGCACCAUCAAAACAAGUUUGCCAAAUCGCACACCUUCUACAAACCCCACGAGACAUUUACCCAUCACGCUUUCCCACUUCGAAUUCUUAUUGCCAUCGUCGUCUUGCUUGAUUGUCAUUCGCUGCUUCAGAUGGCGCUGGGUGCCUGUACCUGGAGUAUGGAAGAUCCCGGAGAACGACCUUUUGCCUUGACCACCGUCAUCCUCUGUUGCUCAAUCACCUGCAAUAUCUCUGGUGGUGUGUUGAUCAUGAUCGGCGACCGACGUACGCGCAAGAAGGAGAUUGUGGAGAGACUCUUCCGGCAGCAAUUGACUGAAGAGGCGAUGAGGAAGAUGGAGAAGCGCAAAGUCAAGGAAGAGCGGCGCAGCAUGCAAAUGAGCCGCCCCGAGCCCUACGGUGGGACUUAA